CCAACAAACGUCCCAUUCUAGAAUGUUCCCACAGUUGUCAUGGAGACCGUGCACAGAAUGCUAAUGUCUCUCUGCAGCGCUGCCAUGGCAACCAGAGAGCUGCGUUCCAGCCAGCUCAUGGCUGAAAGUGUGUGAAGAGAACGGAGACCGAAAACUGGAGGUUUGUCUCCAGGACUGUUUUUCUGUGCCUGAGGAGGGGUGUGCUGUGUCAUGCCUUGUGUUGAAGGGAGGUGUGGGCAAAAUGUGAAGAGGUGCCAGACCCCCUGCUGCUGCUAUUUAUACACCUUCACAUGCUCACAUUCAAGGUUGAUAGAGAGUGCAUGGGCUGGCGUGAAAAGAGGAAGUUACAUCAUGAACGGCAGAAAGGUUGCCCUCUUCUGGACUUGGAAGGGUACUAAGUGUGUGAAUGUGUAUGUGUGUGGGUGUGUGGGUGUAUGUGUGUGUUUGAAUAGAGGGCCUACAUGCUCUCUCACAGCUCCUCUCCACCCAUGAAGGGCAGACACACACAUGCACUGGCAUACAGUUUGGGUAACGUGGUUUCACAGCAAGGACAGGGGAGCUUCCUGCAGUAGAGGAAAAGCCUGAGGAACUGAGCUCUGUGAUUUGAGCAGGAUGAUCAGCAGAGGAGUGUGGAGAAGAUGACACAGACUGGCAGUCUCUCCUUCUCUCUCUGGCAGGAUUCCCACAUAUCCAACAUCAUUCCAGAGUUCAUCUGAUGAGAUUUAGUCUCCAAAGUCUUCCAGUGCUUUCCACUGCCACCUGCACAGUUGCAUUGCUGUUUUAUGCACUAGGGCACCAUGGGAAACAUAGUCCAGUGCUGUCACACACUCACAAACUACUUUAAGUGUAAGGAUGCACUGGGCCAGGGUGGGCCAGAAAGAUCCCCUCUGCUCUCCAGCGAUGAGAGUGAAUGUGACUCACCAAGCCUGCAGGACGACUUGGAGGACGAUCUGCUGACCGUCUCCACCAGUGUGUCAAACCCAACCCUUGAACCAGAGAACUUCCUGUAUCCUGAUAUCAUCCUGAGUAGCAACCUCGGAGGGGACGUGACGCUGGUGGAGCCGAUGGUGUGUCUGUUGGUGUCUGAGGAGGAAGAGGAAGUAAGGCUGGAUGAGUGGGGAGAUGGACAAGAGAGAAGCAACAGAGGGGCAAACAGGGGUUUUUCUGAGGUGGAGACACAAAUUGGUAUCGGGGUACAGACUCAGACAGAGUCACAAGCAGAAGUUCAGGCACAAAUGAAAAUACUUGUGUGCCAUAAUGAGACUGUGGGGAGACAGGAAAACACACUAACAAACACUGGUGCUACAGACAAGAUGGUGGUGGAUGUUUGGGAAGAACAUGAAAUACUGAAACAGGUGGAUGUGCUCCUGGAGGCACCGACAUCACAGGAGGGACACUCAGAAGCUGUCACUGGAAUGGCAUCAGAGAAACAACAGAAGGCGACAGACUCUGGAAACUGGUCUGACAUCGACUCUUUUGUUGACUUAGAGGUGCCAGAGAAGACAGAGAGACAGACAGAGAAAAACAAACUGGCCUUCAAAGAUAUACACAAGGACACAGAACAAAAAGAAACACACAUCCAUGAGGGCCUGACCUCCUCUUUCGCAAAGCAUGCAUUCAAAACUAAACGAAAUACAGAGUUCAUGGAAGAGAUAAACACGGAUGAAGAGAAUGUCUUUGAGUUGCACCACACUUUGCCCACACAAGAGAACGCUGAGGGCAGAGAACGAAAGUUUGAAUCAGGGUGCACCUCAGUGACACUGUCUGAACACAUUCUAAAUAACAUAUAUGAGAACAUUGCUCCUGUGAAGUCACAGAAGAACAUGGAACCAACAAAAUACAACAUCAUCAACACUGAAAUAGUGGAGGAGUGUGGUGUACACCUGACACGACAGAGCGAUGAGGCUAAUGAACAGACUGGACAGCUGACUGUGGAGACAGAUCUAAAUAUAAAAGAAAAGGUUAUCAACACAACAUCAAACAUCCAUCUGCCCGAGGAGCACGCAGACCAAACAGCAGGUCAGUCAUCAGAUCAUGGUCAAGAAAACAUGAAGAGGGAAGAAGAUGACAACAAGACUGGUCUGCAGCGUGUUGUGGAGGAGGUGGAGGGUGGGGCUGAGAUUAUGCUGUUUUCAGUUGACAGGCUGUUUCUGGCAGCACCACAUGUUAAAGCACUUCCAAGUCCAAUUGAAGAGAGCCCCGAGGAUGAUCGUCCAGAGCAGUCUGAUGUUGAUAAAAGGAAACAACUUACUAUCCGUGACAUAGUUGAUCUCCAGGAGACUGGCUUUACUGUCAGAAUUCAAUCUCCUGGAGCAGAAAGUUUUGAGCUUCAGGUGUCAGGCCAGCUUUUGGUGGCAGAGCUGCACCAAGUCCUGAUGGAGCACAAGAUCACCUGCCACCGCACAUGCUUUUCCCUCCAGCUGGGAGGCACAGCACUCGACAGCCUCACAGAGCUGUGCUCCAUUGACGGCAUCCAGGAUGGAGCACUGAUCAAAGUGGUGGAGGAUUCUUACUCAGUGCGUGAUGCUCGUCUUCAUCUCAGACAUGUACGUGAUCUUCUGAGGAGCCUCGACCCUGCAGAUGCAUACAACGGAGUGAACCGCAGCUCACUGUCUUAUCUAACGCUUUACACCAGAGGAGACAAAAAUAGUGAAAGUGUGGGGAACAGGCAAGCUUCUGAAAAGGAGUCUGUUGACUUCAGGCCUCCAGAAUACAUCCUCCCUGGAUGUAAAGACCGGCCACUCAGUCCACUGCAGCCUGUCAGAGAUGACUGGAAGCCAUUACAGUGCCUGCGGGUUCUGACCAUGAGCAGCUGGAACCCCCCUCCAGGAAACAGGAAGAUGCAUGGUGACUUAAUGUACCUCAAUGUCUUGACGAUGGAAGACAAGGAGCUCAAUAUUACUUCCUCUACACGUGGUUUCUACCUCAACCAGUCAACUGCCUUCAACUUCAACCCUAAACCUGCAGUUCCCAAAAUCCUUUGCCACUCUCUAGUUGAGCUGUUGAGUCAAGUCAGCCCUGCUUUCAGGAAAACCUUCAGUGCCCUGCAGAAGAAGAGAGUCCAGCAACACCCUUAUGAGCGGAUCGCAACACCUUUCCAGUUAUUCACCUGGAUCGCCCAUCAGGGAGACCACACCCUCGACUGUGUCAGAGCGGAGGAGACACACACCAGUUGCAUGGGCCAAGAUGAGCACACAGCUGGGCAGAGCCGGGACUGGAAUGAAGAGCUGCAAGGAUGCAGGGAACUCUCUAGGAACUCCCUUCAGGAGCGCCUGCACCGAGAGAGGAGCAUAUUCAGGACCAACAGUGACUUUGUUGAAGCUGCUACAAGAGGUGCUGUAGCUGUUGUCGACGGUAAUGUCAUGCCGUUAAACCCAGCCGAAGCGCCUCAUAUGCAGAUGUUCAUCUGGAACAAUCUCUUCUUCAGCCUGGGGUUUGACAUAUCUGAGCACUACCACCCACUAGGGGGCAACACUGCUGCUCAUGCUGCUGCCAUCUGUGACCUGAGAGGAGCACAGGCAUACACAUCUGUCGACAUAGAGGGGCUUUACACACUUGGGACAGCUGUGGUGGAUUAUCGUGGUGUUCGUGUUAUCGCUCAGACAAUUGUUCCUGGGAUACUGGAGAAAAAUCAGGAGCAGAGUGUAGUAUAUGGCUCUAAUGACUAUGGACAAACAGUUUUCACACACCCCAGAUUUUUGGAGCUUCUGGAUAAAACAAGUAAACCACUAAGAAUCCAGCGUCACCAGGUGCUCGACCACAGGAACAGCCCAGUGGAGCUUUGCUCUGGCAUAGAGACCAAAGGCAUCCUGGGUAACGAUGGAAGACCCUACAUCUUGGACCUUCUCCGGACCUUCCCCCCUGACCUUAACCACCAGUUCAUAGAGACAGCAGAGAGCAGCGAGGUGCCAAAAGAGUGUCAGAGCUUUGGUUACCCGAGGCAACAUCAUCACAGCCUUGCCAGCCUGAGACCAGAGCUGAUAGAGGCCUUUGUCCAGCACAGGUAUGAACUUUAUGUCAAGCUGGUGUCCCAGGGACUCAUCCAACUGGAAGAACAGGAAAAAUCCAUGAGAACUGGAGAUGCAGCCACAGAUGGUGCUGACAUGGAACUUCAGAGAAGAAAUGUGAUUAUUAAGGCUUGUAAGGCUGCUGGAUCAGUGUGUGACUCUGGCUUUGACAUCUGCUUCAAUCCUGAUGUUUGCUCUCCAGGUGUUCGUUUCUCCUCUGAGUGUGUCGAGAAGAUUCAGAUGCAAAGACAGUUGUUAUGGGACGCGGCUGCUUUUCUACUGUCCAAACAGAUUCCAGCAGUGCUGAGGGACUGCCUUGAACACGCAGCUGUGCCAAUGGAUGGAGCCACCCUGACUGCAGCUCUACAUCAGCGGGGUGUGAAUGUGCGCUAUCUGGGCACCUUACUGAGGAAGCUGGACAAGAUGGAGGAGAGAGGGAGACUCAGCCACAUACAGAGAAUCUCUAUCAGUGAGGUUAUCAUUAGAAGUGCAAAACACAUCUUCAGGACCUAUCUGCAGGAUGUGGAACCUGCAGCAUAUUCCGCUGCUGUCAGUCACUUCCUAAACUGCCUCCUGAGUUCCUCCUCCUGUCUCCCAGACUCCUGCUCAGAUGAGCUACUCUUUCGCCGCAGGAGUCGACGUCGACGGAGCCACGGGAGUCGAGUCUCCUUGUUGACGGAUAGUGCAUGGGCUAGACUGACCCCCUGUGAGCUGUGGGUCAGGAUCAGGGCUGAGGCUGGAGAUUAUUAUCACUACACAAUAGACUGCGAAAGUAUAGAUGAAGAAAUAGAAAAGCAUGGCCUUCAGAAGAUCUCCCUGCUGAGAGAGAUUGCCAUCAAGACAGGUAUUCAGGUGCAGCUGAGGGAGUAUGUGUUCGAGUCUCGACACAGGCCGGCGUUCAGUGAAGAAGAUGUUGUCAACAUGUUCCCUGUUGUCAAACACCUCAAACCUACAGGAACAGAUGCCACGCGACUGGUGCAACAUGCACAGGUGGCAGUACAGCAGGGGCUUCUCAAAGAGGGUCAUGAAUUGAUUAGCCAGGCCUUGACUCUAUUCAGCAGCGUAUGCGGGGUCCUGCAUGAGGAUGUGUGCAUGUGCCUGCGUCUCCUGGGACGGCUCAGCUACAUCUUGGGGGAAUUUGCGGAUGCCCUCAGCCACCAGGAGAAAGCUGUUCUGAGUAGUGAGAGAGUGCAAGGUAUAGACCAUCCACAGACCAUACAAGACUAUACUCAUCUGGCCCUGUACUGCUUUGCUGGAGGCCGACUCUCAACUUCCCUACAGCUGCUAUAUCGCGCUCGGUAUCUCACCCUGCUUGUGAUUGGAGACGACCAUCCACAAGUUGCACUGCUGGACAGUAUGCUGGGUCUAGUGCUUCAUGGACUAAUGGAGUAUGAGCUUUCCCAGAAGUUCCUGCAGAAUGGCUUAAUUUUAACCUCAAAAUACCACGGUGCCAUGUCCCUGAAGCAUGCACACAGUCAUCAUCUGCUCGCCACAGUGUAUGAGAGUAAAGGAGAGUUCCGAUCAGCUCUGAAGCAUGAGAAAGAGGCUUAUUCACUAUACAAGAGCCAGGUUGGUGAGGACCAUGACAGCACAAAGGAAAGCUCAGAUUACCUGAAGAGUCUCACUCAGCAGGCUGUGAUCCUCCAGAAAGCCAUUAACCAGCUCUACAGUAACACACACAGUGCCUGUAUUCCUCCUCCAAAGUUUUCAACACCGAGUCUUCCUGCAAUUCUUCAGCAGCUCAACCUCGUGUGUGGAAUCAUUCUCAUUCCCCUGAGUGCAAAAGAAAUCGCAGACUUGAGGACUGAGUUGAAAGAAAGGGUUCAAAUGGAAGAAAUGGAGAAAAGACUUAAGAACUUCAGUCAACAGAAAACAACACUGGAUGAUUAAGGGGACAUCUGUAAGAGAACAUCUCUGUAUUCAAUCUGACUUGACAGUGGCAAAUGACAACAGGUGCAGCUGUCUCUUUUUAGAAGAGAACUUUGUUCUGCUGUUGUCUGUGGAGGACUGGCUGUAUCUAAUGCAGACCUACCUGCACCAAUGAUAUAGCUCUUGUUGAAAUAUAUGGGAUCAAUAAAUGCUGGCUGUAACUUUGACAGCAAAUAUGCAGAACUCUCUCAUUUGUGUCAGAGAAAUGCAUAAAAACUACAUAAUGAAUGUGCAAUGUGUAGGAUUUAGUGGCAUCUAGUGGUAAAGUUGCAGAUUGCAACCAACUAAAUACUGCCUGCUUCACCCUCCGUUUCCAACCAUACAGGUUAAACUAAAGUGGCUGCAACUUGCAAAAAACAGAAAAGGUCCUAUCUAGAGCCAACAUUUGGUUUGUCAGUUCUGGGUUUGCAGAAACAUGCUGGUUCAACAUGGUGGACUCGUGUGGUUUGUCAGUUCUGGGUUUGCAGAAACAUGCUGGUUCAACAUGGCGGACUCUAGCCAAUAGAUUCCCUUAAAUGUUAUACACUGGACCUUUAAAUACAAUGUACACUGCUGGGUGAAGGGACAAGCACAGUAUUUCAGGCCUACUUCACCUGAGAAAAAGAAAUAUAGCAACAGUUUAAUGAUGUGCCACUGUAUUGUACAAAAGGCCACCUGUAAAAAAUGUAUAUGAGUUUAAAGUUAAAAAGUAAAAGAAACUCAACUGGCCCAAAUCCUCUUGCAGUCCCCAGUGUGUCCACUGGGUUUCACACUUGUGCCACGUCUCAGAACAUGAUACAGCCAAUGAGUUGUCUCUAUCUGAAUAUUAAAAUAAUCUUCAUGGUUGUUUUGGAUGUCCAUUAUAAUUGAUCCAUGUUGUCAGUAAUAUAGUGACUGCUAAAAAACAAUAAACGUCUGAGCAGCUUAUCAUUCUCUUAGAACAAAUCAAAUUAGUCGUAUCUGAACCUCAACUGAAAUGAGAGCAUUACACUUUGAACUGGCCUUGUUAUAGAGUUGGUCCACUGACACUAAAUGAGUGACUGACUGUGAAUUUAGUGAAUUUCAUUUUAGUUAUCAGCCCUAAUAACUGAUAUUUCGAUGUAUUGCUUGCAACUGUUAACUAAAAAUGUACCCAUAUAGUGUAAACUAUUAUAUUUUCUGUUAUACUUUACUGGAGUUGUGUCAUUAUUUACCAUCUAUUGAGCGGCUGCAUGAUUUGUGUCUAGGUGCCAUCAUCCCUGGUCGGUCCUGCUACUGCUCAUUUCACUGAGAAACUUGU